CCUCAUUCCACUCUCAAACACCAUUUCACUGGGUUCCUUUUUUUUUCGAAGCGUUUAGCGAUCAAUUGCCUCCUCCAGAGGAUAAAGAACUUCCUCGAUGUUGCGAAAAAAGUUCAUCUAAUAACUCAUUUUGUUUGGGGGUGAACCUCGGGGGCGUUUUUCCGUUUGACGCUGGACUUGGUCUCAUCAAACAUUGUUUCUCAUUUCAGUGAAGCAAUUACUGCCACUUUGCUCUGCUUGCCUUUGAAUUCACUUCCUUCAUGGCUAGAGUCAACAUCCCCGUUUGCUCUUCACUUACGUUGUCAACAAAGAGCGCCAGGUUCUCGACCACGGCCUUCCAUGAAAUCUUCAUUCCAACAACUCUUGUUCUACGACCACCCCACUUUCCUUCUCUUCAACUAUGGACGCCUCAGAUGACCAGGAUGACGAUGCCAGGAACUGGACUAUCGACCAAGUGGUCCACGAGUUAUGUCACAAUCCAACCCCUUGUUGGUCAGCGGUGGUCCAACUCCAAGUUAUGCCUGAUCGGAAGCUCCUUGAAGAUGUCAUCCGCCAAAAUCACUUAGAUGGGGACAAUCUACUUGCUCUAGACAUGUCCGUACUGAGAGAUGACUUGGGGCUCACAUCGUUCGGCCAAAGAAGAGCCCUGAUGAAGAUCAUCGAUUACCUUCGAUCGAACUCACCAAGCUAUCAACAGAUGGCUUUCCAAGCUGAUGGAAUGGCACGGUUGCAGUCAGAGAUGUAUGUUCCACGGCUUGUGCAGUCAAGAACACCAACGACACUACACUCGCAUGCGUACAGUGGACUUGGUAUCAUGCCUUCUGUAGAGUCUCGGUUGCCGACACACUCACCCCCCCUUAACUCGAAUAUCGAUCCGCAGGCUAUCCGCCAACCAUUGCCUCAGACAAGCAUGCCUCCCAUUGGUGAGGGUGCCCCAAGAUCUGGAAGCCCACAUACCAUCGGUGCGUCAUUAACAACGAUUCCCUCGCCUUCUACAAACGCGCGAGAGAUUAUUGGAAAGAGGAAUCAACCAUCUACUGCGACAGAAACGUCAAGACAAGUAAAUCUGCCCCACACUCGCCUGAUAGAAAAGCAGCCCCUUCACCAGGAGCAAUCCAUUAUCACCACUUCAAAGAAGAAGAAAAAGAAGAUGGCCCCGACUUCUGUCGUGCAGCAGCAGGAAGUAGCUCUCCAAUGUACCAGUGCCUCGUAUCUGCCGAAAUCAGCAAUGCCAUUGCAGGAUACGUUCUACCACAAGAUCUCCAGCGAUUUUGGUGACACAUUCUAUCGUCCUCUCCUGGACGAGUCUAAUACCUUCGUCAUCGGAGGUCAAUACCCUACUGGACAGAGACUCAGCGUUGCUUACCACAUCAGACACUUUCUUCGACAGCCUGUCACCAAGCUCCCAGGUAAUGGAGCUCUUGUUAAAGUCCCUUAUCAAGUUUUCCCUCUGGGUCGAGCGUACAAGCCAUAUUCAGAGCCAUGCUUUACGCUUUUCAAACAGAACGGCGACCGCCCUCGGGUUUUUCGUGCUCAGGACUACGCUGAUCUGGGCAAACGUGGAGAAUUGAAGCGCUCUAAAGUACAGCUCGCGCCUGUAAGUUCUAGGGAAGGCCCAGCUGAGCAGAAGCAAGAUUCACAACCAGACUGGACCGACCUCGACUAUUUACUUGAGAAAUACCCGGUGGAAGAGUCUGAUCAGGUCCUCCCCGCUUAUGGCGAUUCCAGCGACGAGGGUGAAUUAGACGAGGAAACCUGGGCGGAAAUUGAGGCCGAAAGACGUGAAAAGAAGAAAGCUACGAAACUCUUGACAGCGGAUGAGGUACGUGCUGCCAUUGAGGAAACGAUCAAUGAGAUAAAACGAGAUUGGCGAGACACAAAGUUGCCAAAGAUACAAUUAAAGGCUUACCGCAUAUGGAGGGAUGCUGCCAGAAAGAGGGAACGCCAGCAAAAAUUGAACUACCUCAAGCACGAAAAGGAACGUUUUGAAAAGAUGAUCAAGAAGAUCAUAAAGGCCAUGAUGGACGAUGUUUGGCAUAAUACUAUUGAGGUCAAAAAGCAGUGCCAGAGUCUUGAAGCUUCAGUCCAUCAAGAGGAAGAAUACCGGCACUAUGAGACUGUCUUAAGUCAAGACAGAGCCCCCGAGCGUCCAACUAGGCGAGUAUUGAAAGCGAUCCGACCACGUCAGCAGCAAGUUCUCGAAGAUGGCGAGGAGCUUAUCGAAUCUGAUCCAGAACCACUUAGCGAGGAAGAGGACGACUUCGUGGUUGAUGAUGCUUCCGAAGUAGGCUCCAUCCACCAUGAACCUGAGUUAGAGAAUUGGAAUCCAUUAAUACCAGGAAAGAUGAGGAAUGGAUCGGGCGCCAAGGGACAUGAGAACAGCGCUAAUCACGUUGACCCUGACAUUGAGCCGCAAUCAGGAACUUAUGAGACUGUGGACACUCCUGAUGCACAAGCCAAUGAUGCAGAUAUCGAAACGAGUGAUGACGAGGUUGUUACACCCGCACGGAAAAGGCACUUGAGCCGACGAUCAACACCGCGGACUGCCAACUCGAAUUAUAAGCUUCGAGUUCCCCCAGAUCCGAGUUCACUGGCCAACGAAGACUCGGACGUCGACGGUGCGAAAUUCAAUACACCAGCACGUGUCUCGCAGCCAUACUCCCGACGCGAAGGUCGCAGAAAGUCAGAGUAUGUGGACUUGACCUUUUCCAGUCCUGACCAAGGGGCUCAUAAAAGUGCUGUCGAGGAUAGUACAGACUUCUCUGUGCACACUCCAGAGCUCAAUCCGCUACCAAAGCCCGAGCCGAGCAAAGGUUCAAAGAAAAAGGAGAAAUCCGUUUCACCAUCUCUGACUCAGCCAAUGUAUCGUCUGUUCGAUGAUGAUUCUGAUUUGCCACCUAUCCACGAUGUGGAAGGGAUGCGUCAUGAUAUUGAAUGGACUUUCCUCGAGCGACUUGCCGAUGAUUGUAAACCUGACAAGCGCCGAGCACUUGCAAAAGCCAUUUAUGAAUUGGACAGCGAAACUAUCGGUGAAUUGAAAGUGUUCUUGAAGACUUUGACUGCGAAGACUUUGACUGCGACUGGCCGCAAAAACGUCUUGGUCAACGGUUUAGUUGUACUCGACAACGAGGACCAUGAGAUUCAGGAUGUCAAAGCGAAAUAUCAGUCAAGUGCUCAUGUUCUCAUACUCCUCUACAUUACCUUUGUUUGUGGUCAAAAUAUGUUUGAUGGGGCUCUAACAAAACGAAGCCGCGACGAGGCUUAUAACGACAUUGAGCGAGCGUCGAAACCUUUCUUUAACCUUCUAGCUGAUCUCAUAAUCACCUUCGAGAAAGACGAUGAGCAACAGCAAAGCUCACAGCGACGUACAAAGAAGAGAAAGAUAGAUCACAUUGAUUCUUCUGUGGUUUUUGUGGAUGACAGCGACUUUCCACCUAGUGAUACGUCCGCUGAUGCCUUAGAGCUUGAAAACCCAAGCUCUGCUCACAAGAAGCAGCGAAAACGCAAAGUUGAAGAGAGUCAAGAAGCGAAGACUCUGCAAAAGAGCGACCAACUGCGGAUUCAGCAGCAAGAGGAGAGACGUCAAAAGAUGGCAGAGAAAUUCGCACAGAUGACAGCAGAAGGCCAGCCAAUACUGACCCCUGUCAACACUACCGAGCCUUAUAUCCAUUUGCAUUCUUAUAUUGCUCGACGUGUCAAGCCGCAUCAACUGAAUGGCAUACAGUUUAUGUGGCGGGAGAUCAUCGAUGACCCAAAGCACCAGGGGUGUAUAUUGGCGCACACCAUGGGACUGGGUAAAACAAUGCAGGUGAUUUCUCUGCUCGUCACGAUUUCCAUUUGCAAUCGAAGCGACGACCCCGCUGUCCGAUCUCAGAUACCAGUUCACCUCAGAAAGGGGAAAACACUGAUUCUUUGCCCUGCAACGCUGGUGGACAAUUGGUAUGACGAGUUAUUGAUGUGGACUCCUCCCGACCUCAGCAACCUGGGUGCAAUCUACAAACUUGACACUUCGAAUGCAAAAAUGAUUGCUGACUGGUCUCGAACUGGCGGGCUUUUGCUUAUAAGCUACGAACGUUUCAGACGCAUCGUCGGCGAUAGUCAAAAAGCUAAAUCGCACAGCGUUGUCAGUAUAGACCUGGAACAAAUUUUGCUGGAUGAACCAACUCUUGUCAUUGCAGACGAGGCCCACAAACUGAAGAACCCCCGAUCCACCACGAACAGAGUAGCAAGUCAACUGAAAACCACAAGUCGAAUCGCUCUUACGGGUUCGCCUCUGAACAAUCAUCUCGAAGAAUACUACACUAUGGUCAACUGGAUCUCUCCUGGCUAUUUGGGGAACAUUGUGCAGUUUAGAUCAAAAUACUCUGAGCCGAUAAUCGCAGGACUCUACGCAGAUAGCAAUGCCUCCGAGAAACGUAUUGCACUCAAAAAACUCCAUGUAUUAAAGCGAGAUUUGGACCCAAAAAUCAACCGGGCAGACAUUUCCGCAAUUGCAAAGGACAUGCCCCCAAAGACGGAAUUCUUCAUCACGCUUCCUCUCACCGAUAUCCAGACAAAAGCGUACAAUGUCUACGCGACGCACAUGUCACAAAUGAUUAAUCAGAAAUCGGGAAAUGCACAGACUGCAAGCCUUUGGGUUUGGAUCAAUAUGUUGGCAUGGCUUUGCCAUCAUCCAUCAAUCUUCCUAUCGAAGAUGAAAGAGCGAGCAGACCUUGAAACCAGCAGACAAGAGAGAAGAGAUCCAACCAGUGGAGUUGACGAAUCAUAUCUGUCUAUCGAGGACGGAGAUCUAAGUCCUCCCGAUGAUCUUGAUGACAACCCCGAAAUCGAUACCACUGGGCCAAUGAAUGAGGCUCUGCAGGAGGUUCAAGGUAUCAUGGAGGACUUGAUCAAGGACAAGGACCUCAUGAUAAAUCCCUCAUUUUCUUAUCGCACACUAGCAGUCAAAAAACUCGUCAGACAAAUCAUUGCAGUGGGCGAUAAGGUGCUCAUCUUCUCCCACAGUAUCCCGACUCUCAACUUCCUCGACAGAAUGUUGAAGAAGAUGAAGUGUUCAUACUGCCGACUGGAUGGAAGCACAAAGCUAUCGACCCGUCAAGCUGCUACAAAGGCAUUCAACAAGGAAGACAUGCACCAGGUGUUUCUAAUUUCUACGAAAGCUGGGGCUUUGGGUUUGAAUUUACAGGGUGCCAAUCGUGUCAUUUUGUUCGACUUUGGUUUCAACCCAGCUUGGGAAGAACAAGCAAUCGGGCGCGCGUACCGUCUGAACCAAAAAACUCCCGUGUUUGUAUAUCGCUUCCAAGCUGGUGGAACAUUCGAGGACUCCUUAUUCAAUACAUCCAUCUUCAAGACGCAACUUUUCGGCCGAGUUGUUGACAAAAAGAACCCCAUGAGGCAGGCGACGAAAAAAUUUGCCGAGUAUCUUGCUCCCGUCAAAGACGUGGUGAAAGAAGACUUUACGGAAUGCCGCGGGAAAGAUCCCAAUGUUCUGGACGCGGUCAUUGAGGAGCUGGACUUUAUCUGCAAGAUAGUCUUAACUGAAACUUUCCAGAAAGAGGACGAUGAGAGACUCAACGAAGAAGAACAAAAGGAGGCCGAACAAGAGUAUCAAGACGAGCAACUACUCCGAGAGAAUCCUGCUGCAUAUCACGCAAAAAAGAGAGCUGAGGCAGACAAUGAGCGCAUAGCCAGGCAAGAUGCCCUACGAAGAUCUCUCUACGUCAACGGGAUGCCGCCUUUUGUCGCACCUUCUCACGGUCACUAUGCGGCAUCGGGAAGUCCGAACGCGAAUGCGCCCACUCAGCCAUAUCCUAACCUACCACCUCCCUUUGGACGUCAGGAUCUGGAUCGUCCUCCUGUGGUUGAGAGAGCGUUGGCGGCUCAAUCAGGUUGGGCAUACGACGAUACAUUUCGUGAGAUUCUCGGGAGUACGAACCUGAAUACGAGCGCCCGAAGCCUCGAUGAUGGAGACCUGCCCAUGAGCGGAACGGCCAAUUGGAAUGCGGCUCCAACAAACAAUUAAUCAUGGAUCCAAGACGAGGUUGAAAGCAGACAGAUAAAGUAACACAAGCUAAUAUUGAAAGCAGGAGAGAACUUAGCACUUUGCGAUUAGCUGGACAACUGCAGUCGACCUUUUCCUUUUUUUUCCCCCUAUGUUAAAUAUGAUUUUGCGUUGAAGCAGAGAUACCCCAUCAAGCAAGCGAUUUUAUUCAAGCAAGCGUAUCAUGAGAGCAUCCAAAUUACACAAAAAAGAUGGCUUGGGCACUAUUAUUGUACUAAGAUACAUGGACAGGUUGACUCUGCUUAUCGAGAUGGCAGCGAAGGUGCUCUUCCAUAGAC